ACUCUGUUACCUUCUAUGACCCAUUCAUUUCUAGCAAUCAUCUAUUUCAAUUAUAUUUGUAUAAAAAAAUUUCAACUGGGUAUGAAGUUUAAUUUUAUUAAAACAUUUGGUCAUUUGCACUAAUUUUCAUUCUUGAUUUCACAGAGUUUUGGUGUAAUUUUCUAUAUAAUGAAGCUUAGUGACCCAACAUUGAGUGACAAUGUUCCUCCAACUGAAUGGAUGCUACAGCAAGCCCAAAGUUUAGCAAAUUCUGAUAUUUUUGCCGCUAGAUCAUGGUUAUUGACGGCUAAAUCACUUUUCCCCAAUAACUUCACUGUGCUUUACGAAGCAUAUAAAUUAGAGUAUGGAGAAAAGAACGCAAAACAAUGUGCAUCUCUUCUAUCUGAAAUGCUUCAGGAGUUUUCACAUGAAUCCACACUAUGGCAUGAAAUUGAAAUGAUAGUGACUGCGUUAGAGAAUAAAGGUUCUGGAAAUGAUAAAUUCAAGCAAGAUAUAUUUGGUUUUAUUCCUAAUGCAAAUCAACAAAGAAUGAUUACAAUCUGUGCUGACCGACAAACUGACAUAUCAUUAAAAUGUAAAAUGACGCUGAUACUCACACAAAAAUAUCCUUCUUCUGUUGUAAAAUAUGGAAUUCCAUUAGCAGAAAGAUUAGUAGAUGAAGAAAAAGUUCAAGGCGGAAGUUCUCCCCUCAAUUAUUACAGACGGCUGCUCGUUUGUGAGGUGUUACCCAUUAUUUGCAAAAAUAUGACUGUUGAAAUAUCGCAUAAACACUUUUAUAAGUGGUUACAAAAGGCAGCAGAAUUUUACGCAACAUACUUCACAACUGAUACCAAAAUAGCUUCAUCACAAAUAGGAAAACUAGAUGAAAGUUGGGAAAAACUGGAAGCAUUGAGAAAGCUCAUUUCAAUCCAGUGUGAUUGGGAACCAGUUCCGGGAAGAAGUUCUACUCUACAAGAUAGGAUAAAUCACAUCAAAGACUUGCAUAAAAAAAGUCGCACUGAUUUGACUGGGAAAAUAAAUAAGAAACAAAUAUUUUAUACAGCUAUUUUGAUUCUCAUUGAAGCAGCUAUAAAGUAUAUGGAGAUGUUAGAAUCCCAUAUAUAUAAUGAUCGAAAUGAUGCACGUCAUUCUUACGUUCUUCUCAUGAAUUGGAAACAGGAGAGCACAGAAUCUGAAAAGUCUUCUUUACGAGGGUCAGACAUUGAAAUAAGAGAACAGUUCUUAGUAGCUCGAGAUGCUUGGAACAUUCUUCAUUCAAACGAUUCCUUUGAAAAAGAUUUCAGCCAUCUUUACCGACGUUGGAAAAUUGAAAAAUGGACAUGGUUUCAAUUGUUUUUAUCAGAUCAUUUUUCAUAUGAGAAAGAUCAUAAAAGUUCUUUGGCAAGAAUUAACAAUCUUAUGGAGCAAGAUGUAUCGCAUUUACGCCAUCCUAUACUUCUACGCUGCCAUUGUCAAUUAGUGUCGUCAUAUUUUACUAAUGGACAUUUGCUGAUGGCUUGUCAAAGUAUAAUGGAAUGUCUCAGCCUUAUUUCUGAUCAAAAUCCUUCAAAGGCACCCGCAACAAAUUUUGAUUUGUUAUCAAUAUCUCUUUUUCCAAAAACACAAAAUAAUACUGAUCUGAUACUAGUGCCUUUAUCUUUUUCAACCCUUUUACCAUUCUGGAUUCAUAUAUUCAUUUCUAGCUUCGCUAAGGUUAUGGAAACUGGCGAGGAUGAUGCUAUACUGGGGCAUAUGUUAGUGUUAUGUCAGCAUGACUGGCCGAAAUGGCAAACAGAAUGUCGACAAGCUUUGGAUCUGAUAUCUAAAAAAAAGAAAUUCACUUAUACUUUAUUAUUCGACUAUAUCAUUUGCUUGGACAUAUUAGAGGAAAUAGCUUUCUUAAAAAACAACUCCGAACCUGAAAUGAUUCUUCUUUCUGAUGCCCCUUCUAGUCAUCAAAGAAUAACUCGAGGCGUUAAUAAAGGUGCAAGUGAAGAUUUCAAGAAAGCAAUGAAAAGACAAGUUAGAAAAAGUGAUGACUGCAUGGAAACUUUGUUGAAGGAAUUUUUAAUCAAAGAACAAGACUCGAUAUUGAAUUGCCUUCAGUCUCAAACUUCCCAGGAAAUUCUAGAACCAAUGGACAUUGAUAUUUAAUUAUAUCUUGCGCAAAUUGUUUAUGUGUACUGAAUUUGUUUUUGUUAACGUAAGCGAAUUUCACAUGGAUUGAUAGAUUGUGUUAUUAAAACUGUUAAGACCUUAUCAUAAGGUUUUCUAAAUUUUCAUGAUGCUUGAAUUGGCUUUUCCCUAUUAGGGUUUUUACAUGGUGGACCACAGCCCUCGUCAUGUUAAAGUCCAGGGUGGGAGUGGAGAUAGCUAACUACUCAAUCAAUCCAUAUGCAUGAGCUCGGAGGAUGCUGUAAGUAACUAUCUGGACCACUUUAUGGGCCGGAGAGUUUAAAACUGCAGUUCUCAAUCAGGGGCCGUAGCUACCCAGGGGGCCACAGAACGGUUCGAGGGCGGCAACAUUGAUUUUACAUUUUCCUUCACAGGAAAACCUCCUGUUCUUCCUAGUUUCAUUGCUUGAUAAAGUUAUUUCACAGAGUGUUUUCAUAUUGUUGAGCUUGAGUUGUUUGAACAUAAUGGGAUUUGGAAUGUUCCAAUCAUACGUAUUUGUUAUACUCCAGACAAUGAGGGAGAGCAUGUAACAGAGACAUAAUCUCAUUGAACUUUACUAUAAAUUGACUUAUAAUUGAAUCAAGUGUAUUCAUACAAACAUGCUAAACUUUUUUUGUGCAUUUUUUAGUGUUUAAAUAUUUUUUUCCUAAUUUCAUAUUUUUCAG